AAAAAAUAAAAAUAAAUGUCACUGGCCUCCGUACUAAAAUUACCGUCUUGUAGAAGAGGGAGGGAAAAAGUCAUGCCCUAAUUAUCUCUCGGAAGUCCCCAUUUGUAACUGAAUUUCAAAUCCCAGACCCAAAAAAGUGAGCCCACACAACAUUUAGCACCAUAACCCUCAAAAAGAAAAAACCAGAAAGAGGAAAAAUCGUUGUCGUUACUUUCAGUGCCUGGUCGUACAUCUUCUGAUAUUUUUUGGAGCGUAUCUUUGUGCUGCCCUUGAUGGGUGCUCCUAAACAGAAAUGGACCCAAGAAGAGGAAGCAGCACUUAAAGCCGGGGUUAUUAAGCAUGGGGCUGGAAAAUGGCGCACGAUACUUAAAGAUCCGGAAUUUAGUGGUGUCUUGUAUCUGCGUUCAAAUGUAGAUCUCAAGGACAAGUGGAGAAAUAUGAGUGUAAUGGCAAAUGGAUGGGGCUCCAGAGAGAAGGCCAGGUUAGCUGUUAAAAGGGUGCCCCAGGUCCCUAAACAGGAUGAGAAUUCCAUGGCUCUCAGUACUGUGGUUCAAAGUGACGAAGAUUUUGUUGAUGCUAAGCCUCUUGGAGUUUCUAAUGAUACACUGCAGGUUCCUGCUCCAAAGAGAUCUAUUGUAAGGUUGGACAAUCUUAUAUUUGAGGCUAUAACUAGUUUGAAGGAGCCAAAUGGUUCUAACAAGACAACUAUUGCUACUUACAUAGAGGAACAAUAUUGGGCACCUACAGACUUUAAGAGGUUGUUAUCAGCCAAAUUAAAGUAUUUGACAGCAAACCGGAAGCUGAUUAAGGUUAAACGCAAGUAUAGGAUUGCACCUACUCCAGCAUUUUCUGACAGAAGAAAUUCUUCCAUGUUACUCUUGAAUGGAAGGCAGAGGGUUUUUCAAAAAGUUGAGGAUGAUGCCCAUAUAUUUACAAAAUCCCAGAUUGAUUUAGAGUUAGAAAGGAUGAGGUAUAUGACUCCACAAGAGGCUGCUGUGGCAGCUGCUCAAGCGGUUGCUGAGGCAGAAGCUGCCAUGGCAGAAGCUGAAGAGGCAGCAAGAGAGGCAGAGGCAGCAGAAGCUGAUGCAGAAGCGGCACAAGCUUUUGCAGCAGCAGCAGUGAAAACUUUGAAAGGAAGAAACAACCCAAAAAUGGUGAAAUUCCUUUGUUGAUUUUUCGUGUGUGUGCAUGCGUGCGCGCAUUAAUUUUUUGCAUGAGUGGAGAUUCUUAGGAAGCUCAGCUAGGAACCCUCCUGAGCAAUCAAGGUUUAAAACAAAAAAGGGAGACAAAUGUAAAAGAAGGAAAGAUGUUCCCCAUUAGCCAAUGUUCAAAGAGAAUGCAGAUCCUCUCUUUUCUUCUUUUCUCACUGAUUUCAUUUCACUUGCCAAAAAAAACUGCUUGAAUGUCAUUUUUUAUUCAGCGGUCCAAUCUAAACCUUUCACAGAUAUGCUUUUACAUACAUGUUUUGGUGAAUUUCUUAUAUGGGAAGUAUUUUGUGCCGUACUUGUUAUAUUACUCAUGUCAAAUGAAAAUACUAAUAAAAUUAAAGACCGUAUUAAUCCUCAUUCUACUAUGUUAGUCUUUGAUGUGGGUUGUAGAAGCCAAUUUAUCUAAAUGGUGUAUACUUGCCUAUGAAGAAAAUGGUGUAGAAGUGAGAAAAUAUACUAGUUAAACUUUGGUUACAGCUUCCAAUUUAGACAAUCACCAGGUAUAAUGUGGCAAUAUGCUCGAGUCAUUGUGUAUAUGGAAUGGGUAGAGACAGACCUAUCUCUCUUGUCUGAACAUUUUCUUUGAUUCCAGUUUCCCCAACUCCUGCACUUUAUUUAUUUUUUAAAAGAAGGUUGGCUAUUGAAUACCAACAUUCCAAGGCAAAUUUUUGCAUCUUAAUAUUCUUAUUUUCUUUUGUUUUUGGUUUUGUUUUCUUAAGCUUUUGACUUGCGCGCAUCUUCUGA